AUGAAUGAAGACAGGGAGCUUGAGAUAGAAGAAGGAUCCAAGUUUCCAGCAAGUGCGUCUCCGUACAGUAGUUUCCAAAAGAAAGUGGACAUGGAAGACGGAGGUGUAGCCAAGAAGCACCAAAUGCUUCCUGCUAGUGUCAUGAUUAGACAUAUACUUAUCAUGAUCUGGAGGAAGCUUAUUAGAAACCCCAACACCUACGCCAGCCUUCUUGGCUUGGCCUGGUCUCUCAUAUCAUACAAGUAA